GCGAUGUCUAACAUACUUCUAGAGGAUAUUUUCAAUGUUAAAGAAAUAAAUCCGGAUGGCGAUUACUUUGAAAUAGUUUCCAGGAUAGUUGCGACUUCUGAAAGUUAUGAAAUGGAAAUGUAUUUAGAUAUAAAUACUCAGCUAUACCCUGUUGAAGAAAAUAGCAAAUUUACUAUUGUUUUGGCUUCUUCCUUGUUUAAUGAAGUUGAUAGGGAUCCCGAAGAAUAUAUAAGGCAAGAUUUUUCUGCUCCUGGUUCGCUAGCGGAUAAAUUUGAAUAUGUUAUGUUUGGAAGAAUCUUUAAAUGCGAGGAGGAGGAAAGGGACAAACUUACUCUUUACGUUUCUUUUGGUGGACUUCUGAUGCGUUUAAAAGGAGAAGCUCGAAACUUAGAGGGGAUUGAAAUAGAUAAUAGAAUUUACUUAUUAAUGAGACGUUCGGGUGUUUUGGACCUUUAAGCGUUUAGUUGUUUUUUUUUUUCGUUGAUUGAAUAAUAAUUAAGGACACUUUUUUA